AUGAAAUGUAUUUGGUUGGAUUGCUGGUCCGUCAACAAUAAACAACCACUUGACGCUUAUCUACAUUAUUGAGUUCAAUCAAUUGACUAUACUUUUGAUGGAAUUUUAUACUUCCCACUGCAUGUUGCAUCUACAAAGUUUGGUUGCGAAACUUCCACAUAAUUAUCACACUUCACUUUUGCUCCCAUUCCCAUAUGAUGUGCUACUUCUUUUUUUUUUGUUUAAUCAAUUGACUUGACUUUUGAUGACUUUUGAUGACAUUUUCUAUUUUUAUUUUUCUGAUAUAGCAUGUUGGAUCUAGUAUUUAAAUCCAUAUUGAAAGAGAAGAAAGAACCAUGCUUCUGUAUUCCCCAAAUAUCAUUAUCAAACACCCUCUUGCUCUUGAACCAAAUGAAGCCUUACAUUUUCUUGUUACCUAUGUCUUGGUAUUUCUACUUUCACUUCUUUACCUUAACCGUAAUGUAUUUAGACUCAAACAAAACUGUGACAAUGGCACUAGGAAACCAAACCGAUCAUUUGGCAUUACUCCAAUUCAAGCACUUGAUAUCUAGUGAUCCAUAUGGUAUCUUAGAUUCUUGGAACAGUUCAACCCACUUUUGCAAAUGGAAUGGAAUCAUGUGUAGUCCCAAGCAUCAAAGAGUAACAACCUUGAUGUUGCAAGGAUACAAUUUGCAUGGAUCUAUAUCUCCAUAUAUUGGCAAUCUCUCUCAUAUCAGAUUCCUCAACCUUGGAAACAACAGCUUCAACGGAAACAUUCCACAAGAAUUCGGUCGUUUGUCACGGUUAAGGUUUCUUCUUCUAGCUAACAACUCGUUGGCAGGAGAAUUUCCUAUAAACUUGACAAAGUGCUAUGAGCUCAAAAGCUUAGUCUUAAGGGGAAAUAAUCUGAUUGGAAAAAUACCUAGUCAAAUUGGUUCUCUUCAAAAGCUUCAAAAUAUUCUUAUUGAUAAAAACAAUUUUUCUGGAAAAAUCCCACCUUCUGUAAGGAAUCUGUCGUCCGUAAUUCUUUUUGGGACUGGCUAUAAUAACUUGAAGGGAAAUCUUCCUCAAGAAUUGUGCUACCUAAAACAUUUGAAGUUCUUAUCAAUGCAUGCCAACAAAUUAUCUGGUACACUUCCUUCUUGUCUGUAUAAUAUGUCAUCUCUUACUUUGAUCUCAGCUGCAGUAAAUAACUUUACUGGCUCUCUUCCAUCCAAUAUGUUCCACACCCUCCCCAAUCUUAAAAGCUUUGGAAUUGCAAAGAAUCAAAUCUCAGGUUUAAUCCCUAUUUCCAUUUCAAAUGCUUCUACAUUGACUGUAUUUGAUAUAAGUAAAAAUCAUUUUGUCGGACAAGUUCCAACUCUAGGGAAGAUACAAGGUCUUCGUUUUCUGAAUUUGGCUCUCAACAAUAUCGGCGACAAUUCAACAAAAGAUUUGGAGUUUUUGAAUUCAUUGACAAACUCUAGUAAUUUGGAAACACUCAUUGUAUCUUAUAAUAAUUUUGGAGGUAGCUUGGAAAAGUCUAUAGGAAAUUUAUCCACCGUACUUAGUCGAUUUGUUAUUGGAGGUAACCAAAUAUAUGGACGAAUUCCAAUAGAAUUAGGAAAUCUGAUUAGCUUGAGUCUCUUAGCCAUGGAAAAUAACCAUUUGGAAGGAACAAUUCCAACUACUUUUGGGAAGUUUCAAAAGAUACAAUUGCUAAGUUUGGCUGGAAACAGAUUAUCAGGGGAUAUACCAGUAUUCAUAGGUAAUCUCAGUCAGCUGUAUCAAUUGGAACUAGAAGAAAAUAUGUUAGAAGGAUAUAUUCCUCCUAGUAUUGGAAAUUGUCAAAUGUUGCAAUACUUAACCCUUUCACAAAACAACCUGACAGGAGUCAUACCAUCAGAGAUUUUUAGUAUUCCGUCUUUGACAAAUUUAUUGAAUUUGUCACUAAACUCACUGAGUGGUAGCUUACCGAAAGAAGUGGGAAUGCUAAAAAAUAUCAAUGAUCUAGAUGUCUCUAUGAAUCAUUUGUCGGGUGACAUUCCUGAAACUAUUGGUCAAUGUUCAAGCUUAGAAAAUCUUCGAUUGCAAGGAAAUUCCUUCAAUGGAACAAUACCAUCUUCUUUGGCUUCUCUCAAAGGUCUUCGAUAUUUAGACCUUUCAAGUAAUCAAUUGUAUGGAGCAAUUCCUGAAGUUAUGCAGAAUAUCUCCGGCUUGGAAUACUUGAAUGUUUCUUUUAACAUGUUGGAAGGUGAGGUGCCAACAGAUGGUGUCUUUGGAAAUGCAACCCAAAUAGCAUUGAUUGGAAACAUUAAACUUUGCGGAGGUAUUUCAAAACUGCAUCUACCACCAUGCCCUAUCAAGAGUGAGAAGCACACAAAACACCAUAAACUCAGAUUAGUAGCAGUGAUAGUUAGUGUGGUUUCUUUUCUUAUACUGUCAUUUAUUAUAACUAUCUACUUCAUGAAGAAAAGAAACAAAAAACAACCAUCUGAUUCACCAACAACUGACCACCAAGCUAAGGUUUCGUACCAAGAAUUAUAUCAAGGAACUGAUGGAUUCUCGACUAAAAACUUGGUUGGAUCAGGAAGUUUUGGUUCUGUGUACAAAGGAAAUCUUGUGUCUGAAGAUAAUGUUGUUGCCGUAAAGGUCUUGAACCUCCAAAAGAAAGGAGCACACAAAAGUUUCAUUGUUGAAUGUAAUGCACUAAAAAACAUUAGACACCGGAACUUAGUUAAGAUUUUAACAUGUUGUUCUGGUACGGAUUACAAGAAUCAAGAAUUUAAAGCUCUAGUUUUUGAUUACAUGAAAAAUGGAAGCUUAGAACAGUGGUUGCAUCCCGAGAUUUUAAAUGCAGAGCAUCCAAUAACAUUGGACCUUGGUCAUAGAUUAAACAUUAUUAUCGAUGUUGCUUCUGCAUUACAUUAUCUUCAUCAGGAAUGUGAGCAAUUGGUCCUUCAUUGUGAUCUAAAGCCAAGCAAUGUCCUUCUUGAUGAUGACAUGGUUGCUCAUGUGGGUGAUUUUGGCAUAGCAAAACUUGUCUCAACCAUUGAUGGUAAAUCUCAUUCAAAUACUAGCACAAUUGGAAUCAAAGGAACCAUUGGUUAUGCUCCUCCAGAGUAUGGAAUGGGUUCUGAAGCGUCCACAUGUGGUGACAUGUAUAGCUUUGGAAUUCUUGUGUUGGAAAUGCUUACGGGUAGAAGACCCACUGACGAAGUUUUGGAAGAUGGUCAAAAUCUGCAUGAAUUUGUUGCAAUUUCAUUUCCUGAUAAUCUUAUAAAGGUUUUGGAUAAAAAUCUUGUAUCAAGAGAUGCAGAAGUAGAAACACAAGAUCGAAAUCACGACAAUCUCCUUCAAACUUUAGAUGGGUGCUUAUUUUCACUCUUUAGGAUUGGACUUAUUUGCUCAAGGGAAUCACCAAAAGAAAGAAUGAGUAUUGUGGAAGUCACUAGAGAGCUUAGCAUAAUCAAAAAGGCCUUUUUCAAUGGUGUUGACACCCAUAAUCAGGUGUAAAAGAAGUGUAUUCAGCUUGAUGCAGUGUUGUUAAGAAACUGAAGUGUCCCGCUGUCAACACGUGUGACAAUGUUUAGUUUACUAAUGUGUUAUUUAGUGAAUUUGGUUCGCAAUUUAUGGUUAUGUGUGAUAGUGUUCAACGUACAUUUGCCUAGUUGCUAUUUAUAAGUAAUGUUGUAUUGCUUUCUAAUUAAAUAAAGUGAGAAUUGAUACUUCUCUUAUUUUGUCA